GCCGAAUUUUUAUUCAUCGUCACGAUUCGGCCAAGGAUGAGCAAGCGAAAUGAAAGUAGGAUAGCAGACCAGGAUACAAAUUCGACUCCGAGGAGUUCCGGUAGAGAGCACAGACAAGCCGAAGUAGGUUCAUGAGAGGGUUCAAGUGUUAGGCCAUCGGAAAAGGAAAGAGCAAAGAGGAAGUCAAGAACAGCGUGACGCGUGACAGAAGCAGCUAAGUCAGCCAAAUCUUUGGCGGGAAUCGUUUGUGGAGGGAGGAUGAGAUUGAUGGAAACGCGACGUGGUCUGUCUGUCCUGUAGCGCUUAGCCUGCACGCGGAGCCAAAGCCACGGUAGAAGCACAGAUGGCUGAUCUUAAGACAUGGCUCGGUGGGCGUAGCGAAGGGCGUCCGACGAAGAGGAGAAAAGGUCAAGAUGAUGACGACGGCGGCGGCGGCGGCAGCGGUGACGACGACGAUCUGGGAAGAGCCAUUAAAGCCUCUAAGCUUGAGGCGCGCGUUGCAGAAAUGGACGAGGAGACGAUGCUGAGAGAGGCCAUAAGAUUGUCGGAGGCCGCUGUGGCCGUACCUGGCCGUCCGAUGGGCGAGGAAUCGGCGAGCGAGGUUAACAAACCAUCUCCGAAGAAAAAGGUCGAUCCCUUUCAGACAUCUCAACUCAGCGACCAUACCGAUGCGUCGCUCCUGCUCGAGUGGCCUGAUUCAUCCUUCUCGUCGAAGCCUGCCGAAAUGAUCAACAAGCUUGAGGGCAGCCUGGACUUGCUCUACUUCAGGCGAUGGAUCAACGCGCAUGCACGCCAACAUCUGCGCAGCUGGCUUUUGUCCAAUCUGGCUUGGCACCGAGUCAGCUAUACGCGGCCAAGCACCAAGCAACGGAUCGUCACGCCUAGAUUUACAGCCACCUUUGGGCGAGACGAAACCGGUGCGGACAUGGCGAGGUACCCUGUCAAGCCAAAGGAAAUUCCCCAAGUCCUCGGGACACUCAUGAAAAAAGUGGAGGAGCAGACGAGUGCACGUUACAACGCCCUCAUCAUCAACUACUAUGCCGAUGGCACCGACUCUAUCUCGUAUCAUAGUGACGACGAGUCAUUUCUUGGACCUCUUCCCACCAUUGCUUCACUCUCGCUUGGCUCUUCGCGCGAUUUCUACCUACGCCGAAAGGCGCCUGCAGAUGUUGAGAUCCCCCCUGCUUCGACCAAAUCGUUUAGCAUGGGCACAAAGGGCCACGGGCCCGCUGCUUCCCGACCGACGGAAAAGAUGACACUGUCUGACGGCGAUCUCGUCGUCAUGCGCGGCCGGACGCAGAAUGAGUGGGAACACUCAAUACCCAAGCGGGCAAAUGCAGGCGGCAGGAUCAACAUCACCUUUCGUCGUGUCAUGACGGUCGCGGGGACAAACAACUUCCAACGAUAUAAUCGGGGUCUCCCAUCCGAUGACGACACAAGAGUAUACCGCUGGGACUCAAGGGAAGGGAGAAUGAUGCCUGGCUCCGGGGGUCUUUAAAAGGAUGAUGUAUGAUGCUGUAUUUCUCUCUCACUCGCUUUCGGAACUGCUGUAGAAAUAAGUAUGUCGACGCAGACGUAUG